AUGGUCAGUGCAAUGCGCCAUAAAGCAAGUGAAUUGCAAAUUGAUCUGGAAAAUGAAGAAAUCGUUUUGCUGGGACACUCGUCUGAGUCUGCUGGAAAGCUGCUGAGAGGCACUGUUACGCUUAAUUUAACAGAGCCGAUGAAGAUAAAAUCAGUGACAUUGCUGUUCAUUGGAAAGAUGAAGGUAUCUUGGUCUGAAGGCAUUGGUCAUCAUCAGCAUUAUCACAAGCAAGAAAAAGACAUCAUCGAGCAUCGGUGGCAAUUCGUCCCCAUCAUGGAUCAAGCACACAAAAAGGCAUAUACAUUGGGAGCAGGGCAGCAUAAAUGGGAUUUCGAACUAUUGCUACCUGGUGAUUUGCCUCAAUCACUGCAGGCGGAAGGAGGCCAAGUGAUCUACCGAUUAAAGGCCGUUGUUGAACGCACCGCUUUUUUGCAGAAUAUCGUAAAGAAACAGACGGUACAGAUCGUACGUUGUAUGCUGCCCUCUGAAUUUGAACUUAUUCAGACCCUCGAAAUCCACAACACUUGGGCAGAGAAGAUGAUGUAUGAUAUCCUGAUACCUUCAAAAGUAUACGCCAGAGGUCAAUUGAUCCCCAUCACUUUUCACAUCACACCCAUUGCCACGAAAUUACGAGUGCGCUCACUCACAGGUACUCUAAAGGAAUACUGCACCUACACAGCAAACGAAUGUUCGAAAACAGACACACGCAUCAUCAAGUUGCAAAGAGUAGAGGAUCCCUUUCCAGCCAGCCCAACUGGUUCAACUUCUCCCAUCUCAUGGACAAAAGUGCUGCAACUGGAUAUUCCUCCCAUGUCCUCUCAACUGGCCUUCUGCGAUGCUGAUAAUGAGAUGAUACGUAUUCGUCACAAAUUGAAGUUCAUCAUUUGCCUUGUCAAUGCGGAUGGCCAUUUAUCGGAACUGCGUUGCUCAGUGCCUGUCUUGAUCAUAUCGUCUAUUUCUCGACAAACAGAACUCAAUACCUUGCCUGCUUAUGAUCAAUCAUGGCGCACUGUUCUCUGCAUGGAAAGUCCCAUGGCAUCUCCACGUAUCGAACAUCCUUCUGCCAUGGCAGCAGCAGCAGCAGCAUCAUCAUCAUCCACAACAUCAACAGCAACAGCUACGGAUGCUACCGCUCCAACAACAUCAACAGAACCUAUCGCCAUGGCAACGCCCACUACAGCAUCGGGAGCAAUGGCAAUGCCGAGCGACACUGUAGCAGUUUCACCUACUGACGACCCUCUAUGGUGGCAUGGAGCCAACUUGUCUCGUGUUCCCUCUUAUCGCACAGCUGCUCAGCAAGAGUCGGCACCGUUUUCAACAUCUUUACCCUCGUAUGAUCAGUUGUCUGUAUCUCCAAGACAUGCGGCCAUGUUUGAACAACUUUCCAUUACUCCAUCGAAUCGACAAACACCUCCCCCUGCAUCCUGA